CCUGGUCAUCUGGCUCCCCAAUGUCCAAAUGGUGGAACAAGUCAGCGUGGUAAACGUGGUACGGGAGCCAGAGCUCGAGGGGUAAUGCGUUCACAAAACGAUUACCAAUUGUUGUCAAGUGAUAUCGAAGAAGAUACAUCAGAGAGCGACGCGUCAAUUCCGAGCGCA